AUGCUCGAAAAUUAUGGAAAGAAGCCCUCUUCUCGGGUCCACGUUUCCAAAGAGGUUUGCAAUUCUCGUUUGAAGUUUACUAGUCCCAAUUUAAGAAAAGCAGCUCAACAAGGAGUGCAUGAACUGGAGUGUACCAAAUGCAUGAAACUCAAAUGUCCACCUGGCAGACCCGGGCAAGCUGGUCGAGAUGGUGAGCCAGGCGUCAACGGUAAAAAAGGAACUUCGGGAAAAUCCGGUAUGCAUGGACUGGAUUUCGUUCAUGAGCCUGAACCCGUCUUUCCAUGGUAUAUUUUCUCACCUUCUCCACACUAA